UCAUUCGAGCCCGGCGCGCGCCCGCUGAUUGAGGGGGCGCACCGGGCCGGGGGCUUCAUGCGGAAAUUGGGCGUGGAGUGCGCGAGCGCCGAGCAGGCUCUGGAGGCGGCCGAGGCCGGGGCCGACAUCGUCCUGCUCGACAACCUGAGCCCAGAGGUGCUGCAUGAGGUGGCCGCGCGCGUCAAGGCCGCGCACCCGUGGAUGCUGGUGGAGGCCAGUGGGGGCAUCGGCCUGGAGAGCCUGGGCAGCUUCCUGGGGCCCCAUGUGGACGUCGUGUCCAUGGGGUGCCUGACCCACAGCGCCCCCGUGCUCAACUGCGCCCUCAAGGUGCUGGGGAUGGGGGACGGAGCCGAGGAAAAGUGAAAAUCAAAUGUGGAAACCCCAAAAUUUCACCCUGGAGCCCUGAAAUCCAUCCCAGAAACCCCAAAAUCCAUCCCAGAAACCCCAAAAUCCAACCUGGAACCAAUGAAAUCCAACCUGAGAUGUGGAGACACCUGGAACUCUGAAAUCCAUCCCAGGAACCCCCAAAAUCCAACCUGGAACCCCUAAAAUUCAUCCCAAGAACCCCAAAAUCCAUCCUGGAAACUGUGAAACUUGGGAACCCUGAAAUCCAUCCCAGGCACCCCAAAAAUCCAACCUGGGAACCUCAAAAUCGAACCCGAAACCCUGAAAUUUGGGAACCCCAAAAUCCGUCCCAGGAACCCCCAAAAUCCAACCUAGAACCAAUAAAAUCCAACCUGAGAUGGGGAAACACCUGGAACCCUGAAAUCCAUCCCGGGAACCCCCAAAAUCCGAGCAGGAACCCCCAAAAUUCAACCUGGAACCCCCAAAAUCCAACCCGCCAAACCCAGCCUGGAUCCAAUGGAAUCCCGGGAACCCCAGAAUCCAUCCCUGAACCCCCAAAUCCGCCCCAGGAGCCCCCCAGCCCUGCAGGCCCUGCCCCGGUUCCUGGGGCCCCACGGGGCCGUCGUGUCCAUGGGGUGCUCGACCCACAGCGCCCCCGCGCUCGACUGCGCCCUCAGGGUGCUGGGGAUGGGGGACGGAGCCGAGGAACCCUGAAAAUCCAACGUGGGAACCACAAAAAUUUGCCCAGAAACCCAAAAAUCCCACCCAGAAACCCCCAAAUCCAUCCCAGAUACCCCCAAAAUCCAACCUGGAACCAAUGAAAUCCAACCUGAGAUGUGGAAACACCCGGAACCCUGAAAUCCGUCCCAGGAACCCCAAAAAUCCAACCUGGAAACCUCAAAAUCGAACCUGAAACCCUGAAAUUUGGGAUCCCCAAAAUCCAACCCCGGGAACCCCCAAAAUCCAACCCAAAACCCUGAAGAUCCAACCUGGAACCAAUAAAAUCCAACCUGAGAUGUGGAAACACCUGGAAUCCUGAAAUCCAUCCCAGGAACCCCCAAAAUCCAACCUGGAACCCCCAAAAUCGAACCCGAAACCCUGAAAUUUGGGAACCAUAAAAUCCGACCUGGAACCCCAAAAAUCCAUCCCAGGAACCCCCAAAAUCCAUCCUGGAAACCUCAAAAUCGAACCUGAAACCCUGAAAUUUGGGAGCCCCAAAAUCGAAACCCGGGAACCCCCAAAAUCCAUCCCGGGAACCCCCAAAAUCCAUCCUGGAAACCCUAAAAUUCAUCCCAAGAACCCCAAAAUCCAUCCUGGAAACUCUGAAAUUUGGGAACCCUGAAAUCCAUCCCAGGAACCCCAAAAUCCAACCUGGAACCCCCAAAAUCGAACCUGAAACUCUGAAAUUUGGGAACCCCAAAAUCGAACCCGGGAACGCCAAAAUCCAACCUGCAACCCCCAAAAUCCAAACUGGAACCAAUAAAAUCCAACCUGAGAUGUAGAAACACCUGGAACCCUGAAAUCCAUCCCAGGAACCCCAAAAUCCAACCCAGAACCCCAAAAUCCAUCCUGGAACCCCUAAAAUUCAUCCCAAGAACCCCAAAAUCCAUUAUGGAAACCUCAAAAUCGAACCCGAAACCCUGAAAUUUAGGAACCCCGAAAUCCAACCUGGAACCCCAAAAUCCAUCCCUGGAACCCCCAAAAUCCAACCUGGAACCCCCAAAAUCGAACCUGAAACUCUGAAAUUUGGGAACCCCGAAAUCCAACCUGGAACCCCCGAAAUCCAUCCCUGGAACCCCCAAAAUCCAACCUGGAACCCCCAAAAUCGAACCUGAAACUCUGAAAUUUGGGAACCCCGAAAUCCAACCUGGGAACCCCCGAAAUCCAACCUGGAACCCCCAAAAUCCAACCUGGAACCCCCAAAAUCGAACCUGAAACCCUGAAAUUUGGGAACCUCAAACCACAAAAUCGAACCCGGGAACCCCAAAAUCUGUUCUGGAACCCCAAAGCCCAGCCCAGAACCGAUAAAAUCCAACCUGAGACCCAGAAACACCUGGAACCCCAAAAAUAUUUACUAUUUAUUUUUUUUAUAUUAUCCAAUAUGGGUGACAUUUCAAGACCCCGAGGUGCCCCUUGGUGACACUUGGUGACCCUUGGUGACGUUCGGUGCCCCGUGUGUGUGUCCCCAGAGCGCGUGGUG